AUUUUUUAGGUAUAUACAUAUUAGUCCGCACAAGGUGCAGACCAUCAAAUAAUUAAGUUUAUAAAUCCAACUACAUCCAUAAAUACCAAAUCCUAAACAAUAAUAAUUAAAACCUAAACUUAAAUGUUAAAAUGUACUUUCGAUUGAAUUUAUUUUUGGAAAGUUAUAUCCAAUUUAUGGUAUUUCAAUUUCUCCUUAUUUUUCUAGGGCUUGCGUAUCAAAUCCAUUUCAUCUUUCCUCUUUCUAGUUCAAAACAAAUAAGUUUAACCAAAUAGGAGACCUUAAUUUGAAGGCGGGGAAAUGAAUAAAUGGAACAGGUAUUGGAGCUAGGGAUAGUGGUGCACUCGAUAGUGAUAGGACUAUCAGUAGGAGCUACUAACAAUACUUGCACUAUCAAAGGCCUUAUAGCUGCUCUUUGCUUCCACCAAAUGUUCGAAGGCAUGGGUCUCGGCGGCUGCAUCCUCCAGGCCGAGUACAGGUUCGCCAAAAAGGUGGUCAUGGCCUUCUUUUUUGCAGUCACAACACCUUUUGGGGUGGUUCUAGGAAUGGCCUUAUCGAAAACGUACAAAGAGAAUAGCCCUAACUCCCUCAUAACGGUUGGUCUGCUCAAUGCUUCUUCGAGUGGACUACUCAUCUACAUGGCUUUAGUUGAUCUCCUUGCUGCAGAUUUUAUGGGUCAAAAGAUGCAACGGAGCAUCAAGCUUCAGUUGAAAUCAUACGCCGCAGUUUUGCUUGGUGCCGGUGGCAUGGCCGUUUUGGCUAAGUGGACUUGAUGAUGUGCCAGUGGUACAUUAUCUAAUGCCGUCCUGUAAAUGUAAGGGUUAUAAGCCCAAAAUGAUAUAGAUCAUUAAUAAAUAUGUUUGUAAAAUUUAAAAUGAUUUGUAAAUCAUAGGGACUCGGAUUUGUUAUAUUUAAAAAAAAUUGUG